AUGUUCUCGCGGGGACUGAAGAGGAAGUGUGCCGACCAUGAGGAGGAUGUAGAGGGUGCCCUGGCCGGCCUGCGCACAGUACCCUACAGCCUGCAGCGGCAGUCGCUCCUGGACAUGUCCCUGGUGAAGCUGCAACUCUGCCACAUGCUGGUGGAACCCAACCUCUGCCGCUCGGUGCUCAUCGCCAACACGGUGCGGCAGAUUCAGGAGGAGAUGACCCAGGAUGGCACGUGGCACGCGGCGGUGCCCCAGGGCACAGGGCGGGCUCCACUGGACCGCCUGGUUUCCACCGAGAUCCUGUGCCGAGCUGUGCGGGAGCAGGAGGGGGUGCACCCUGACCCCAACCUGGGGGACCAUGAGCAAGGCCUGCUUUCUGACCUGUGUCCAGCCCCUUUGGCACAGGUGCCGAGGAGCCCGCAGAGCAGCAUCUGGGUGGAUGGCCCUCAGGAAAGCAGGGGCAGCUUUCAGAAGUCACUGGAUCAGAUAUUCGAAACACUGGAGACCAGAAGCCCCGGCUGCAUGGAGGAGCUGUUCUCAGACGUGGACAGUCCCUACUACGAUCUGGACACAGUGCUCACAGGCAUGAUGGGGGGCGCCAAGCCGGGCCCCUGUGACGUGCUGGAGGGCUUGGCCCCCGCCAUCCCGCCCGCGGGCUCCAGCUGCAAAUCCGACCUGGGUGAGCUGGAGCAUGUGGUUGAGAUCCUGGUGGAGACCUGAGCCACGUGGACGCGCCUGCGGCCCAGCCUUGUGGCUCUGAGAACGUCCUG